AUGGCCGCGAAACGUCACCCGGAGCCUCUGGACGCCAUCAUCUUCAACAAGCUGCCUCGGGUGGAUGCCGAGCCCGGCCCAGGCUUCCCCCCCGUGCUCUGCAAACCCAGCCCCGUGACCACAGCCGGCCCUGAAAACCACCUCAGCUACAAGGGCUCCUACUUCUCCUGCCCGCGGGCCGAGGGCCCGCUCCUGCACUGCCUCCUCCACCGGCCCCGCAGCCCCCCGCCGGGCAGGCUGGGUGCUGAGCAGGGUGCGGACGCCCUGGUGUGGGACCUGCUGAUGGCGCGGGACAAGUGGCCCGGCCACCAGGGCCACCCCUUCCCGCUGAAGAAGCCGGUGGCAGUCCCCAAGCCGGUGUACGCGGCCCCGCUGUGCUUCACCCCGCUGGGCUCCCGGGGGGGGGACAGCACCCUACAGAGGGCACCGGGGGCUGCAUCCCCCCAUGGUGAGCCCCCCCGCAGGGGUCCCCACCCCGAGCCCAGCCUCCUGCCGCUGCCCCCGGCCUCCCCCAUCGCCUUCUCCCCCUAUUACGCUGCCUUCGAGAAAUACCGAGGCCCCCCCGCCGUGCACGACCUGGCCAAGGCCCCUGAGCUCCCCGGCCGGAUCCAGGACUCCUGGCCCAAGCUCCGUCCUCCCGCCAGCAGCCCGGUGCACCAGGAGCAUCCCCCGGCGUGCUACCCGCAGCCUCCCUACCCGCAGCCUCCCUUCCUGCAGCCUCCGCGCGCAGAGCAGCCUCCGGGCUCCCUCUCCUCCUACAAAGCCCUCGGCUUCGCGGCCAGCGGGGAGCCUGCCCCUUUUCCUGGUGCUUACCUCAAACCCCAAACCCCCAGGAGCUACUUUCCUGGCCCCUUGGAUGGCUUCGUGCCGAGGCCGGCCGGACCCAGUGCGCUGCCCUCACCGAAGACAGCGGGGCUGCCGAGGGCUGCCGAGCCUCCACUGCCCACCGGGUUCCUCCAGCCGAGCACCAAUUUCGCCUUCAGCCCCAUGGAGGCAGCUUUAUUUGGUGUCACGGAGCACCACGGGGCUGGGCGAGCGGUGCCGGUGGAGCCCCGUGGAGGGAGGCCGGUGGCGAGGCCUGGCAGCGCCUUCCACCCCGUCCGCACCCCGCAGAAAAUGCCCGAGGGACUUGCGAGGACGUUCCCCAAGGGAGACGCCGGCUAUGGGCUGGAUGUGGUGGCCAAAGGCAGCCCCAUCCCUCCCCAGCACCACCCAGGCACGGGGGACACUUGUAGGGUUGGGGACACUUGUAGGGUCAGGGAUGCUUGUAGGGUCAGGGACGCUUGUAGGGUCGGGGACGCAACCCAGGAGCCUCCUGGGGCCACCUGUCCCCAAGAGAGGCUGAGGGACCUCAAAAGCCGGGAGAUGUCCAGGGAGAUGUCCCCCGCCUCGCCGCCAAUGCCGGUGAUCAACAACGUCUUCAGCCUGGCGCCUUACCGGGAGUACCUGGAGGGGACCGAGGGCUCCACCGACGUCCCCGUCCACAAGGAGCACGCCCAGGGGGACACCCCGCCCCAAAAUGCAGCCAGCACUUGGGACCCCAGUGCCGUCAAGGUCUCGGUGACGCCCAGCGAAGGGGAGGGUGCUGACCAAAAGGUGCCCCCUGAGGGGCCCAAGGCAAAGGCCGUGUCCCCAGAGCCGCCGGCCAAAAGCCACAGGGGGCUCCAGGGCGGUGAGGUGGCACUGGACCUGAGCUUGAAGAAGAGCCUGGUGACAACGGGGGACACCCGCCCAGACACCAGACAGCCCCGGGAGGACAAAGAGGGGCUGCUGGGGAAGGUUGAGGAGGUAGGGGAGGACACCAAGCCCCCGGUGCCACCCCAGCUGGCAGAGGCUGUCUCUGGGGACAGGAGCCACUUCCAGAGCUCAGCUGCCUUCAUGUCCAAGAAAUACAAGAUCCUCAGGUCCUGGGGGCCACCCCGUGCCCCGCAGCCCAGCCCCUUGCCUCGCAGCCCCCCCGACUCCCCGCCGCCCAGCACCUCAGCCCCACAGGGGACCUGCCACCGCCGCCUGACGCUGACGGACGUGCUCGUGCCCCAAGCCCCCCCUGCGCCGGGGGAGGACGGAGCCCCCCUGCCCGCCUGCUGCGAUGCCCUGGCCCGGCAGGGCUUGGGCAGCCCAUGCUUUGCCACCCUGCACGCCGCCCUCUGCGACGUCCUCACCUGCUCGGUGGCCGGGUCCUCCCCGGAGCUGCUGCAGGAGUGGCUGAGGAGGACGGAGCCGGAGGAGGUGCUGGCGGAGAUGCCCAGUUCCCCACCCAAACCCAAGAACGGGGUCAGGCUCCCCGAGCCCCCCAAGCCCCCCAGGGGCAAGGAGAUCUGGCUGGCUUUCCGGGAUGUGGCCGCGCUGCUCAGCAAGCUGCUCUCCCAGCUGGAGACCUUCAUGUUCACUCGCAAGUGCCCCUUUCCCCAUGUGGUGCGGGCGGGUGCCAUCUUCAUCCCCAUCCACGUGGUGAAGGAGAAGCUCUUCCCCAAGCUGCCCGGCACCUCUGUUGACCAAGUGCUGCAGGAGCACAAGGUGGAGCUGCGUCCCACCACGCUCUCUGAGGAGAAGCUGCUGAGGGACCUGGAGCUCAAGAGCUGCACCUCGCGCAUGCUGAAGCUCCUGGCUCUCAAGCAGCUCCCUGACAUCUACCCGGACCUGCUGAACCUCCUGUGGCACCACUCUAUCAGGCAGCAGCUCGGUUCUCAGGAUGGGGACAAUCCCAGCUGCCCCUUGUGUCUUCGUGCUGCAGCUGGAGGCCAGCACCGAGAGCUUUGUGUCGUACGGGGCAGAGGCCGGAGGCUGGCCAGUAGGUGA